CGUGAAGGAGGCUCGGCUCAGCAAACACCAUCAGGGAGCUGCAGGUUUCCCAGGUAACCCAGGUAACCGAGGAGCAUCAGAGCUGCAGCCACAGAGCGAGGCCUCUCUGCUGGAGAUAAAGUGUGAUCCCGAGGCCUUCCACCUGGAUUUGGUCUCUUAACGAUGCCCAGUUUUGGAGGGAUCAGGACUUUCGUGGAUACCUGACCCUCUGUCGUGGCUCCACUGCUAUGACCUACCUGGCUCACACCGCCCAUGCUCAGCUCGCCGCCCUCUGGCUGGCCUGCGUGGGCUGGACUCUCACCGCCGUGGCGCUCGGACUCAUCCAGUGGAGGGUCUGGCUGGUCUCUGACAGGGAGGUCAUCAGCUCCGGGGUGGCCUGGGUGGGCGUCUGGCGGGCCUGCUUCAACAGCCACACCCAUGUGAGCCCUGGCUUUAGGGUCAUGCACUGCAGGUACAUCAGCCUGACGGAGGCCUUCACGCCGCCGGAGAUCGCGGCGGGUCAGGUUCUCAUGCUCCUGUCUGUGCUGGUGGGGCUCAGUGGGAACGCUGGCGGCGUUUACGCCCUGAAGAACAUCUACUUUGGGACGGGGAAGAGCUCCCUAAUCCGCUUGCCGUUCUUCAUCUCCGGCGCUCUGUGCCUGUUGGCCGCCGUGAUGUCACUCAUACCUCUCCUGUGGAACCUGAUCUCAGUGGUGGCCAAUCACACCAUCGAGUUCCCCCCCGAGUUUAAAAUGCCCCCGGCUCCAGAUUCCCAACGUGUUGGGUCUGGCAUCGGGGUGGGGAUGGUGGGGACGGUCCUCAUGAUCGUGUCUGGGAUUAUGUUCUGUAUGUACAGGUCACCAGUGAGGUCACGGCAGCUGGACGCCUCAGUACCUGCACAGUCAGUGACUGAGAGCAGGCGGGCCGGGGGGGAAGAUAACCCGGCGUUUGAGUCUCAGGAACACUUGUGAUGCGUCUGUUUGGAUGUUUCACACGGACUCAAACAAAUCCAAACCCCAACCUUUAAAAUAGUUUGAUUUGCUGAAUGAGAUUGAACUGAAGAAAGAAAAGUAAAAAGGGGUGUUUAGUAAAUCACGUUCUGGUUUUGAUCCGUUUCCAGCAUCAUAGCUGAUUCUAUUCGUUUAGUGACUCAUCUAAUUUUGUGCUCUGGGGAAGGAACAUUUUAAUCUUUUGGCAGCAAACAAACCUCAGACUGAGCUUUUGAUAACAUUAAAAUGUCCAUGUUCACUAUUUGUUUUUGCUUGUUUGUUUAGGUAUGACGUGGAUCCAUAGAUCAGUAGAAUAAUGUACAACGCUCUCACAAAAGAUGGAUAAAUAAAUGGAGCACAUUAAACUUUUACAUAGAUUUUGUUUUACUUUUAUCUGAUAUUUCUAGCAUUUAUGGCGCUGUGUAAAUUAAUUAGA